AUGACAUCGCUUUGGGUCACCACUCCUCCGAGCUAUGUACGACCCUAUAUGCUUGCCAAUCUCGACGGUCUGGAGCUUCAGCUCGCGGACGACGUUUUCCGCGUACUUGUUUCGAGCAAUGCCUCGGGUGGGGCCUUCACCCUUCUGGGCACGAAUGGUCAAACUGGCAUCCAAGUAAACCCUCACAACCAUAGGACCUUCUAUGAGAACUUCUUUUCUUUCAAAGGCCGCAUCAAUCUCUGGGUCAAUAACGAGCAACGUCAACUCACUGCUCACGACUUUGGCGCCGUACCACCUUCUCAAAACCACUCAUACCAGAUCAUCGACCCCGACGCUCAACUGACUGGCUUUAUUCAACCUGGCGGCUUCGAAGAGUUUUUCGUCAACAUCACCACACCCUACUCCAGCGCUUCUGGGGCUCCCUACCCACCUGACCAGCCUCUCGACUUCCCCAUAAACCAGUUUAUUUCCUCCGCCCCUCACUUCGAUGUCAAUCUCGAGCCUACCGCAAACCUGUCCUACGAUAUGAUCAAUGGGACGAGUCGGGGCGGUGUGUGGCGUACGGGUAACAACACCCUCCCGGGGAAUAGCUCGACGCCCUACUUCCUUGCAUCGAACUACGGUCCAAAGUACCUUCACCGCGCUUUGGGUCAAGUCAUCGCCCCUCGCUCCACCGCCAACGAAACGGAUGGAAACUUUACCAUUUCGACCAUCGUCAUGCGCAAGAAACUCAGUAACGAGACGAUCGCGGAGCAGACUUUCGACGUUCAUCAGACAUUCCAGGUUUUGGAGGGGCAGCUUAGUAUCGGGAUUGCUGGCUUCGACGAGAAAAUGAGUACGGGCGAUGUCGUGUUCAUCCCGGCGGGGACGCCCUUCACGUACUGGAGCGAUGUGAAGUACACCAAGAUCUUUGUUGGGACAGCUGGAGAGGGACUGGACUACAAGCUCAUUCGGGAGGGGGAGCCUUGGGACUACGCUGUCUUUCCGGCGUAUUUGUGA